CUCUAAACGCAGUCGAGGCAGCAGCAUUGAAACGCGCUAAGGAUCAACGAAAGAAAUCGAUCUCAAGUCAACGGGACAUACCGAAACGACAAGGGGAUAAUAUACUUGACAACGGCAACCGAGACUCUACUUUUAAGAAUAGUGAAAUGAUAAGAUCUUUAGCGAAUAUAACUGCAAGACAAAAGAGAACGGAUUAGUUUUGUUUUGUGUAAGGAUAAAUAAACUCUUCAAUGAGUAAAUUACUAUUAACAGAUUCCGAAACUGAUACCUUACGAUCCCGUGGGUUCCGCAUGCUGAAGAAACUUAAUGAGGGGGCUUUUGCCAAAGUAUAUCGUUCCGAGUACAGAAAGUCGCCAAACCAUAAGAAGAUUACGUUGGCUUGCAAAGUGAUGGACGUUGCAGUGGCGCCCCUAGACUUUGUGGACAAGUUUCUGCCGAGAGAGAUAGAGGCGUUGACAACCCUCAGCCACCCUCACUUGGUGCACACCCACAGCAUAUUCUUCAGAGGAACUAAAUACUUCAUCUUCAUGAGGUUUAUGGAACACGGGGAUCUUUUGGACUUUAUACUAGAGAAGGGAGUCGUGACAGAAGACCAGGCUAGAAUUUGGAUGCGCCAGCUGCUUUUAGGCCUCCAAUACAUGCACUUGUUGGAAGUAGCCCACAGGGAUAUAAAGUGCGAGAACGCUCUCCUAACAUCGAAUAAGAACGUGAAGCUGUCAGACUUUGGGUUCGCCCGUAUUUGCGUCAACUACGACUUUCAAGAGGUGUUGAGUGAGACUUUUUGCGGGUCUUUAGCGUACACUGCGCCUGAGAUCUUAUCGGGCGAGCCAUACUUCCCGAAGCCAACCGACUUGUGGUCUAUGGGUGUAGUCAUGUAUGUGAUGUUAAACCGUGCGUUGCCGUUCCGUAAUUGGACAGUGGAAGGUCUUUACGAGGCUCAAAUGGAGAACAACUGGCGGUGGAAGCAGCAGCAUGCGAAGAAUGUGUCUCGAGUUGGUCGAGACUUCCUCAGAGCCAUGAUGGACCCGGAUCCGGACACACGGUGGAACGUGGACCGGCUGGUCGACAGCACGUGGAUCAAGAUGGAUAUGCGGCUUAGAGUCUGGACCCCUCAAGAGAUAGCAGCCUACAGGAAGGCUCGCGCGGAGAGGAACCGGAUACGCGGCGUGCUGCAUAUGGAGGAGACCGACACUUCGCCCUUCUCCGACUCCAAGAUGCAUGAGAGCACUUAUACAGAGUCGGACAUUAAUUCGCCGUCGACUUCGGGUGCGUCUCAAAUGACGCGGCCCGACCUCUACAUGACCUCGGACGAAACCGCAGAGCAAACACAAGACAAAAGCACAGAGACACAAAAUCAUGUGCCGAGAUGAAUCAUUAUGUUUUUGUACUGUUGUAUUCUUUAAAACGUCGUCAGGUUGCGUAUUUGUAAAUUUCCAGUCGAUUAUUUUGGAUUAAUGCUGUUUUAAUGUUAUUAAAUGAUUAUUUAAAUGCUCA